AUGCCCGAGUACAGUGGCCUCGAUACCUCUGGGGAAUUACAAAAUGGCCUGCGGACCUACCAAGGUCAAUGGUACCGCGGCACACGUCACGGAUAUGGCGUCCGUCAAAGCGUGCCGUACGGCCUGGCCUCCCACUACCGGCCCAAGGCCAUGCGAGCGUCCUUGACCUCCCUGCGCUCCGAGAACGAGGACGAGCUCGUGGUCAAGUCACGCGACAAGAAACUGGACGAGAGCCGCGGCGGGUUCGUCCUCAAGGCCAAAUCCGACGAGACGCCCCCGACACGACGGCGGUCCAUCUUCGACAAGCAAGGCCGGACCUCGCUCCGGAAAACGCUGAUGUCCGGACUGAAACUGAAAAAACAGAAGAGCACGGGCGACAUCAACGACUCGCCGAAACGUCAGACCGGCUCGGUCCGGUCGACCAUUUCCAACAUCAGUCACGUGAGCGCCGACUCGAGCCAAUCAGGGGUGACGACGGCAUCCGUCUACACGGACAGCAACCUCAGCUUCGUGAGUCAAGACGACAUCACGGACGUCAACGUGACCGAGACGUACAUGGGCGAGUGGAAGAACGACAAGCGCUCCGGGUUCGGGAUCAGCGAGCGCUCCGACGGGCUCAAGUACGAGGGGGAGUGGUACAACAACCGGAAGUACGGAUACGGCGUCACCACCUUCAAAGAUGGCGCCCGCGAGGAGGGCAAGUACAAGAACAACGUGUUGAUAUCUUCUGGGAAGAAAAAUAAAUUGUUCCUAAUACGGACCUCUAAGCUGCGCGAACGGGUCGACAACGCGGUGCUGUCUGCGCAGAGGGCGGGGCAAAUCGCCCUUCAGAAGGCGGACAUAGCUAUUACAAGGAUGGCCAACGCACGAGCUAAGGCAGAGGCGGCGGACCUGGCAGCCGACAGGGCCCAGAACGACAGCGACAUCGCCAGGUUGAAAGCCAAAGAGUACGCCCCUGAGUUCCAUCAGCCAGGUACUGACGUGAUGAAGAAGCACUUGGAAAACAAUGAGAUGGAGUACGACUUCAGCCACGUGACUGGGAUGGCCAAUCACCAGCCUUACAGAUCCAAAUCCCUGAACACCCCGCACGGACAGUCCAACUACGAGGGGCAGGACCCCAGCGGACUGUCGGCACUCGCCGCCCUCCACGGCGACGCCGGGGGCCACCGCACGCCAAACGACUACAGCCACCAUCAGCAACUGCUCAUCAUGCCUGGCGGGCCGGGCGGGCCGGGGGGCAACGACCUGCAGGUCAGCCAGCACUCCCGGAGCCCUUCCCUCAAAGUACGACGGUACAGCUUCCUCGCCGGGUCUCGCCGCGGACGAGGCUUCAGCGAGAUCUUCAAUUCUACCAUUCUCAACGAUCACUUCGAUCAGUACACCGCAGCGGACAGCGGCAUUGGCGGGGACAGCCUAGGCACUCUCAACACCACCACCACCAGUAACAACCGCAACAACAACCCGCACAGCCACAGCAACCACAACCCGCGCAUGCGCCAACCGUCAACAAACCCUUCCCCGGAUUCCGGCGUCUCGGACACGAUGGACGAAGAACUGAGCAAGACAAAGUCCCUACAGAGGAGGCGGACCAUGCCGUGUAUCGUCAACGACACAAACGCUAUCAAAAAUGUGGAUCUGGCUGUGGGCAAACAGAAGAUGAUUGAACGGGAGACGGCGCACAGCAGCGAGAACCUGACGAGCCAAAACCCGGAGACAUUCAUCAUCGAGAACGGCAUUAGGAAGAGGAUCCAGGCCGAGGUGCAUUCAAACUCGAGCAAAACACCAAUGCCGCUUCCAAAGGAAUACAAAUUCGUGGACACUCCAAAACUGACGGGUUUGCCCGCCGGGGCGGACAUUCGUGGAAGUCUUCCAGACCUUAAAAACGUCACGGCCGUGAAGCCCAUGUCGCGGAGGGAGGCGUAUCAGCUGGGCAAUGCCAGGAGGGAGGAGAUCCGGCGCCUGCAAGAGCUGGCAGAGAGGAGGCGACAGGGAGACAUGUCGGUCAUUCUCGGAGACGUUCGGGACUGGUGCCAAGAAAGACAACUCCUUGUCCUAGUCAUAGCCCUGAACCUGAGUCUAGCAACAAUGUUCUUCAACCUGCUCUCGUGAAACAGGCGUCUCUAUCUCUAGGAGUCUUGUCCAGAUCUAACCCCCGCUUCUUCCUGCCCACCACACAUGGUACGGCAUCAUCGAUUGGCUGGCUUCCCAGGUCCCUAAGUGGGACAGCCACUCAGAAGACACGGUGCAAGCUUGCUGGCCUAACAAAGACAGUCAACUUUUUUCUUUGGAUUAGAUGGGAGGUUCCUGACGGAGAUCUCAGAGUAAACAAAAGCAUUAAACCUGUACAUACAGCUAUGUUGUGAAAGAUUGUAGAAAACAAAAUCUUUAUUUUAACCCCCAAAAGUCUUUACCUAAAUAGAAAACAAAUGUUUUUAUCCAUUUAUUUGUCCUUCAAGAACAUAUAAAGAAAAUGCAAAGGUCCCAUAAUGUAUUCUCCCAGAUAUGACUUAAACCAGAUUUUAGAAUCUAACCUCAAGAUAUGGAAAAUAUCAGUUUAAAUGAAGAGAGAAACAUAUUUACAUUGAAUGGAAUCUUAAACACAAAGGAUGUUUCUCUAAUAACUGUAAAAGUUGUGAACAGUUUGCUUACUCAUAGAAGAAAAGCAUUGAGGGAAUUUCUGUACUGAUCUGUGAGCUUUAGAAUAAACAAUAACACAUGGACAAAGUAAGAUUUUUACCUUUAAACAGUUUUUCAACUAAACUGUGUCUUUUUCUAAUUUUUUUAAUCUCAGAUUUUUUUCUAAUAAACUUUGUAGACUAGCAUAACCCACUUGUGUACUUGAUGAACUCUUUGUUGAAGGAAGGAAACAUUCACCAAUCUUUUCCAAAAGUGGAUUGCAGCUGAACUAUUGUUUCGAGGUUUCGACAUGAUGAGUGGCGAAGAAUUACAUCUGGAGAAAACAGUUUACAGAUGUGUUGAGCCUGUUGUAUUUAUAGAGUUUAUUAAAAUCAUGCACUCUUCUGCAGCAAAGACUCAAACAUCAAAACACUGUUGCUAAAUCAAAGGCAACUUUCAGUGUUUCGAAUUCAAAUAAUGUUCAAAUUAAUGCAACAGAUUUGAACAUAUAUGGAGAGAUUUUUGUAAUGUCUGCUAUAAUUAUUUAAUCCCUUCCUGUUCUGAUUUCUCAGAGUUAUGUAACUUUUAUUAACUUAUUAAACAGGCAGAAAUCAAAGAUUUUGAUUUGUAAUUAUUUACAAAUAACAAAUCAUCACAUAGUUCAUUAUUUUGGUGUGAUCGAUUUAAGCUAAACCAACUUUGUGACGAUUUAAAAUUAUUGGUUGAUGUCGAUUUACACAAUUUUUUAAAUAAUUUUAUUUCAAACAACUGAAAUUUUUUUUUAAUACUAGACCUAGUCCAGCAGUUAUAAAUUUUAUCUAUCUUAAAAAUCAUCUCAAGGAGUUUUUUUUUAGUAUUUUUUAAAGCAUUCAGCAGAUGAACCAAUGAGCUAAGGUGGAGCCAGUGCCCAUGAAAGAUGUCUUGCAAACUUUUUCUACUUUCUAGAUGUACCAUGGCAAGUUUGGGUAGAACACACUAAGUAGAUUUAUAUCGACAACCUGCAAACACACACAUUUAUAUCAAUCUUCAUCAAGUCAUAACUGCAUCUAAUCAAAACCCAAAAUAAACUCACAGCUGUAUACAUUAAUAAAAAUCUAAUUAAUCUUGUUCUAAAACUAAAUUUACUCAUCCAUCUUAAUAUUAAUUUAAAAAAUGAGGUUCUAUAAAAUAUUUAUAAAUUAUAAUGAUCAAGAGCAUGCACCGCUCUUUGCCAAAUAAAAUGUUUAAAUUUCUUCGCUAUUUAAAAAGUUUGUCUCUUCAUCAUAAAACUUGACUCAGGAAGUUAAAUAUUUCCACCAUUUAACUGCAUUUUACUCUCUAGAGAUUUGGCAUUUCAUUUAUUUUAAAAUUAGGAUUUUGUUUUAUUUUUCAUAAUUAAAAAUGUAAAUAUAUCCAAAAGUAAGUGUGAUAUUUCUAACUUAUUUUCAUUGCUGCAUCAUAAAUCAAAGCAGGCAGUAUAAUUUUUGAAAAUUUAACUAUAGAAAACAAUUACUUUUAACAUCAAUAUAUACUUGUACACCAAGAAAGAAUUAUUUUUAAAUUUAAAUACACAUUUUUCUGAAAAAAAAAAGUUAUUAUUAAUAUCAGAGAUUAGACUUUGGUUGAAAAAAAGAUGCAAAGAGAAACUAAAUGUAUCAAAUUUUAUUCGAAUCUUUUGCCUCAAAUUUGUGAUAAUAUAAAGUGCCUCUCAUGUAGUUUGCUUUUUUAGAUUGUAGGUAGCCUCCAUAUUGUUUUUAGAUUUAAAGACCUCAAGCUGUACUGCUUUGAUCAUUUGUUUCUUUAUUUUAUUCCAUCUUAUAUUAUGUUCCCUAUUUUUAGAUCAUAUCACAGAAAAGUUCAUUAAAUAUUUUUAAAUUUUUCAAAAUAUUUUUGUUGUCAAAAUGAUUACAAACUUGGAUGAAAAAUAAAAUUGUAGUUUUCAUAAAAUGUAUUUUAAUAAUUUAAAAAUUGUCACAACGUUUUAAUAACUCUUUUAAUUUCUUAUGGAUUUAUUUCAAUUAGUGAACAUUUAUUAUACGUAAUGAAAAAAAGGCUUUUUUUUAACGUAGUAAACAAUUUAAAGUUUAAUUUAGUCAUAUUUGUUUAUUAAAUCUAAAAGAUGUGGAUUUUUUUUUAAAUAUUUAAAUCAAUAUUUUACAAGACCAUUUAAUUUCACUAAAAUUAAAAACGUAAGAGAAUUAAAAAUAAUUAAUUUAAACUAUUUAGUCUUAGUAGCUUUAUUAAAGCUUUCUGAAAUCAAAUAGAUCUAGAUACUCAGUGUUUUCUACAUCAUGGGCCUAUCAUAGCUAAUGUUAUCUUUCAUUAAGUUUGAUGACACUUUUUGUUGUACAAACAUUUUGAGUUUUACCAUCAUGUGUAGAUUUUCUUUGUUAUUAAUUUUAUUUUGUUUUGUGCAGUUGGUUUGCUUUUUUAUGCAGUCAAGCAAUGAUUUAUUUGUUUGUCUGUUUGUUCUUCAUGGUAAAAACUGCUCUACCAUCUGUCCGGUAUAUUUAAUGGCACCUGUUAACAAUGGGAAAAUGUUGCUGUUUUUUUUUUUUUUUUGAUGCUAAAGCUCAGCCUAGGCGUCUAGCAUUUUAAGCUCAUCUCAAUCUCAUGUUAGAUUCUGGCCACAUCUUUUUUGUUUGAGGUGCUUGUUGACUGUUUAAAUAUUGAGUAUACUUUAAAUGAAAACCUGCCAAAUUUUGAAAGUAGAAAUAUUUGUGUUUAAUUUUGUCAAACAUUCAGUUGUAAUAUUUUAACUUGUCUUUUUCUGAUUGAUUCCCAUAUAAGUAAUUUUAAAACAAAAUACAUUUUCAUUUUUUUUUACAAUCCUACAUUUUAAAUAAUAAAAUCGAAACAAAAGUUAACUUAAUGUAAUAUACUAUUGUAAUAUGAUUUUAACUUACAUCUUCUAUUUUUAACUAUUCAUGGAAUAAUUUAUUUAUGGUCAAAGAUAUUUAUUUAAUAAUUACACUCUACAAGGGAUUGCUGCAAUAUAAAUAUUAUAAGGAAAAAAAUCAAGUGAGUUUUGUACAUAGUUGACCUUUGACCCUCAAUUCAUUCAUACAAGGCAACCAUUGUUGAUCAUAUAGAAAAAACUCUAUCUAUCCUCAGUUGCAAUAUUACCCCCAGAGGAGCGGAUUGUGAUUUCCUAAUGUGAUACUGAGAUUAGAAAUAUUCACCUCUGUUAUAGAAAUGUUAUGGGAAUUUGUAUGUUACCAUGGAGUUUGUCGUCCCCGCAAAACAUACGCGCGAUGAAUAUUAAAUUUUUUCCCAAUUCACUUUUUAAAAGACUUGAGCUAUUCACUUUAUUGACCUCAUGUUUCUCUGAUGUGGAUGAUGUUUCAGUAUCAUGCUGUCAUUCCCUGUAAUCUGCCGAUAAGCCUUUCUGGCAAUUUCUUUUUUGUUUACACAAACACAAAAAAAAACUGGCACAAUCAUAAAUCAUAUUUUUUAAGUCCUUGUCAAGGCUGUCUAUCUUAUGUAGUCUAUUAUUUAACUAGUUUUUUUUAUGCUAUUAUAUUUAAAUUGAUUAACCAUUUUGUUGAUUUGAAAAAAACUUUACUUAUUGUAUAAUUGCUAACCAUUUUCUUGCUCUCCAGUAUUUUGAGUAAAUACACUUGUUUUUUUUUGCAUUUGGAAUCAGACAUUCUGAACAUGCAAUAUUAUAGUGUUGACCUCAUUUCAUUUAUAAACUGUGACCAAGCUCACUCGCAUUUACUCUCAUAACAGAGCAUGAAAGUACUUUAAGCAAGUACUGCAGUACUUUUCAUUCUGCUAUAGUACCGGUUCCUGUAUAAAUCAACCAUUGCACUAGAUUUGCUAGUUCCUGUAUACAAUCUUUUUUUAUUUUGUCUUUUUAUUUUUAAUUUGUCAUACAGUAAUUCUUCAAACGAAGAAAACACAAAAAUCCCCUUUUAUUAUGAAUAUACCCACCUGUCCUUGUGAUGAUAAACAAAUGCCUUGCUUGUCUUGUUCAUGAACAUUUUUCUUUUACAUGAGACAGUCUGCUUGAUUUAGGAGGCUGAAGAAUCUUGAGUUCUUUGGUUGUCUGCACAUGUAUAUUUUUUAACGAUAAUGUUUAGAUUUUCCCACAAUGCCUCAUUUAGCUCAUUUCUAUUUAAGAUUAACACAUAAAGUCUUAAUUUAUUUCCCCAAUGAUAUUGUUUCAUUGUAUCAUCCUUUGUGUGGUUUGAGAAUAAUAUUAUUAGUUGCCUUUUCAAAAUCAAGUGUUUUUUUUCUCUAGAAAUUCUUUGUUUUUAUUUUUUCCAAAUUUUCACCUAAAUUUUCACCUUAUGACUUACAGCAAUUUUAUUUAACAAAAGACACUAGUUAUAUUGAUACUCAUAGUAAUCCUGAAAGUUGUAUUAGUUAAAAAAAAAUUCACAUAAAAAGAUUGAACUAUACAUCUACAUCUCCUAAGAUUUUUCUAAAACUAGAAAAUGGUUACUGAGAUCUACUUGAGUUUAUGUUAAGAUUACUGGACUGAUAUGGUUGGAGAAUAUGCACUAGUACGUUGUGUAAAAGAAAUAAAGCAAUAGUUUGACUGGAAUGUAUGGUGUGUACUGUGUUAAUGUGCGUAAAUGCUACUGUGCUGAAGACUGGUGUAUUUGAGCAACAACUUCCAACAAAUUCUCCAACAGGUGUGCACCCCCUAUUACACAAGUCGACCAACCAUUAAAACAGAUUAACUUUAUUUUUAACCACAUUCAAUACAAAAAAAAAAAUUAAUGAUUUUUAUGUUCUGUGAAUGAACACAUUUGAAAGCUGUUUAGGGCAGAGUUGUAAAUAAGUGCGUGUUGUUUAGCCUAUGGUUGCCUCAAUUCCAUUUUCACCUAUAAGUUAUUAAUGUAGACUAUAUCAUUAGCACCCAAUCAGUUAUUGUUUUAAUUAAGUUCUUAAGCACCCCGUUAGUUACUGUUCUAAUUCAAGUCAGUAGCACCCCCUUCAGUUAUGUUCUAAUUCAGGUAUCAGCAGGUCUGUUUCACCUAACAUUCUGAGCCCUUCUAGUAAUGGAAUUAAAAACACUUCAAACCUAUUUUUAAACAACCUGUAGCCCUUGAAACCGUCAGAAAUCUACUGAAAUAAUCCCACAAUACUAAACCAGACCAACACCCUCUUUAAAAUGUUAUAUAUUGGAAAAGCUGCUAGUGACAAAGUAUUUGGCAGUGUUCAAACAACAGAGGAAAGAAAGGGUCAAAUUUUGUUCUAAUGUCAUUAGGGAAUGGGUCAAGGUUGAUAGCUGUGACAGGUCAGGUGUGAGCUGAAUUGUGUGGAGUCAGCUGAUUUCUCACCCAUGUGUGAGAGACAGAAAUAAACAAAACACUUUCCAUUGUAAAUAUUUUAUUCAAGCCAAAACACAGGCCUGGAGUAAAAAGCUGAGAAAAUCUACGGCUCCAUCUUAGUCUUAAAGUUAAGUCUUACACAUGUAUGACAAAACUAAGCCUUAUAUCCAGCUUAACAAUUUAUUUUAAAAUAGCUCACACUAGAAUGACUAAUGUUAUUUAAUCGAUUAAUCUCACAAAAAUGCUUAGACUUGUAGCGUAAGUUUGACCAAACUCUAAGCAAUAAUAUUUAAUGUAAUAAAUGCCUAUAUAGUUAAACAAAAAUGUUUCCCAGUUGUGAAAAAAAAACACUAACCCACUUCAUGCUCGCUUAACAAACCAGAUGUAAAAAUAGCCUGUGCUCAUCUAGUGAAGGCCCAGAAAGCCUGUACUAAUCCCAUCAAAUAAACCUGUCCUACUGUUAACAUUUGCCUCAGUUUCAUUUCAAAGUGUGAAUGUCCAUCCAAUUGUGACAAGUCUGGGGUUUCCACCACUGAUUAUAAGUGAAUACAAUUAAUCUCAAGUUACCAUAGUCUAGGUUAAAUAAAACCCAAACUUCAGGUGGCUAUCAGACAUUAGGGUGAUGGUAACAAAUUUACUUCCCUUGUGUAAAUAGAGAGGGAGAACAACUUUAGACAAACUAGUUGACAUCAGUCAAUGCAAAACACAAAAACAGUCAUAAAUUGUUAGUUGU